AUCUCUUGUUGGGAUGAGAGGAGCUCCAUUUCAGAACCCCCUUGGCUCACACAUGAGACCCCCAGCCUCUAAAUUCUGGAUGUAGAUUAUAUAGAGCUCUUGCAGACUCCUCUGCUUUCCAAGGUGACGAAAAGUCUGCCGGUCCUCUCUCAGGAUGUUCAUACAUUGGGAAGUUUAUUAUUACUCUUUCAUCUUAAUGGCACACAUGAAGUCUUGCUGCAGUUGGUCAGUGAAUAAUUUCCUGAUGACUGGCCCAAAGGCUUACUUGAUCUACUCCAGCAGUGUAGCUGCUGGGGCACAGAGUGGGAUUGAAGAGUGCAAGUAUCAGUUUGCAUGGGACCGCUGGAACUGCCCGGAGAGGGCUCUACAGCUCUCCACCCACAGUGGACUGAGAAGUGCAAACAGAGAGACUGCGUUCUUCCAUGCUAUAAGCUCUGCUGGGGUCAUGUACACCCUCACCCGGAACUGCAGCCUCGGUGACUUUGACAACUGCGGCUGUGAUGACACCCGGAACGGCCAACGAGGUGGCCAGGGGUGGCUGUGGGGAGGCUGCAGUGAUAACGUGGGUUUCGGAGAGGCCAUCUCCAAGCAGUUUGUGGACGCGCUGGAAACCGGACAGGACGCGAGAGCGUCCAUGAACCUGCACAACAAUGAAGUAGGACGCAAGGCGGUAAAAGGAACCAUGCAGAGAACAUGCAAGUGUCACGGAGUGUCUGGCAGCUGCACCACCCAGACCUGCUGGCUUCAGUUGCCGGAGUUCCGAGAGGUGGGCAACUAUCUGAAGGAGAAAUAUCACAGAGCUCUGAAGGUUGACCUGCUGCGCGGAGCAGGCAACAGCGCGGCAAGCCGCGGUGCCAUCGCCGAGACCUUCAGAUCCAUCUCGCGUAAAGAGCUGGUGCAUUUGGAGGACUCCCCCGACUAUUGCUUGGAGAACCGCACCCUGGGCCUGACAGGUACAGAAGGCCGUGAAUGCUUGAGAAAGGGCAAGAACCUUACCAAAUGGGAGAAGCGCAGCUGCAAGAGGCUGUGUGGAGACUGCGGUCUGGCUGUAGAAGAGCGCAGGGCUGAGACUGUGUCCAGCUGCAACUGCAAGUUCCACUGGUGCUGUGCUGUGAAAUGCGAGCAGUGCCGUAAAACUGUCACAAAGUACUACUGUGUGAAGAGGACCAAACAAGUCAAGAACGAUAGCAGUCGCAGGAAAAGUUAUCGGUUAAGGAAGAAGCUCUAGAGAUAACCUGAACUGUUUGUUUCAGAAUAGGCCUUUAGGUUGUGAAGGAAAUAACUGGAGGUCCGGAGGUAUAAUUGGACAUUAAGGAAUGCUUUAAGGGAGGUCUAGAUCUCAAAGAGAUCUUAGGUGAGCACAUGUGAUCCUGUCUGUGUAUUCCAAGAGUAUUCCAAGAUAAAGUAUCAAUCUAAUUAUCAAUUAUGAGAUUAGCAACAUUUCAAUCAUUGAUUUCAAUAUAAUUACAAUCUUUGACAUGACUUUCCUCAGCUGGCAUUAAAGAUGGUAAGGUUAUAUUUCAGAGAAUGUUCUAUAUGUAGAAAACAGGUAAUCACAAAAAACAAUAAUUUAUCCGUGUUUUCACAUGCAGGGUCACAUAUAUUUUCAUCUGUAUUAUUUCACUUGCAGCUAUGGCAAAGGUUGUUAAAUGCACGUACAGUAAAACACCCCAUACUAAAUCUUUCUGCA